AUGAGUCACCGAUAUGCCGUCUUGGGCGCCGGUGUGGUUGGGCUCUCGACAGCGAUAGAGUUGAAGACUCGGAGUCCAGACGCAAAGGUCACCAUCGCAGCCAAGCACUUCCCCGGUGAUCGGAGUCCCGAAUACUGCUCCCCAUGGGCUGGGGCGAACUGGAUGACCACUGCGACAGACAACGGACGCCAGGAGGAGUGGGAUGCCAUCACCUAUCGCCGUCUGGCGCACAUUGCUGACAAUGUACCCGAAGCCGACGUGACGCGUAUGGAGCUUCGCGCAUACUUUGACAAGCCAAUGGAAGAGGCCGAGGUUCUCAGUAAGGGAACGGGUAAGAUUUGGUACGAUCAGUUGACGGGUGGUGUGCGGCAUAUGGCGCAAGGGGAGCUCCCGGAGGGGGCCUUCUUUGGCCUGGGAAUUCAGACGUUCAUGAUCAACACCCAGGCUUACCUUGCAUGGCUGAACACGCGAUGCCUCAAACUGGGUAUUGAGAUGCGGAGAUGCAGUCUGGAUGGCAUCGGUGACGCCUUUCGGUCCAUUCCAGCCGAUGCCUACUUCAACUGUACCGGGCUUGGGUCCUACCACCUCAAAGGGGUAGAGGACCGCAACCUGUACCCCACACGUGGCCAAGUCAUGCUUGUCGAGUCCCCCAAGACGCCCAUGAAGACCAUGUACUUCAGGUCUCCUCGUCGCGUCGACAACGACACAACCUACAUCUUCCCAAGGUAUCCAUCCGGUGGCGUGAUUCUCGGAGGAUGCCGGCUAGAUGGCGACUGGGAUACCACACCUAGUGAGACUCUCGCCGAGGAUAUCAAGAAGAGAUGCUGCGCCUUGGCGCCAGAGCUGGGGAAGCCCGAGGACUUGAAGGUCAUCGCCCACACUGUUGGGCUCAGGCCAAGCCGGAAAGGGGGCAUACGUCUAGAGUCCGAGACCAUUGACGGUCAUCUCAUCAUUCACAACUAUGGCGCUGGAGGCACAGGAUAUCAAUCUUCUUGGGGCACGGCUGAGCAUGCGGUCAACCUUCUGAUCCCACGUGAGACCGAGAAGCUUUAG